AUGCCGAUCAAGUCUUUCAAAUUCUCGCGGAGAAAAUCUUCAGGAACUAUUCUCGAAGAUGGGGAAAACCCGACACAAUCAUCGUUCCGUGUCUUUGAGCGCCCCUCCACCGGCCGCAAGUCUCUUAGCGAUGGUAAUCUCCUGAAAACGGGGGAUAGUGGUUCCCCACCGGAAGACGAUAAUAUUUUUGCUGGGUCUGACGGCCCUGUUUACAGGAAUCUUACUGGAGGAAAUACACUUGAAAGCCCAGCAGCAGUUCGUUUUAGCUCGUCAACGCGCCGCUCGACAGACCUACAAACCCAAUUUGACUCCCAAUCCCCACAUUCCAAGAAUCUCCACGAUAUCCCAGUACCUCCGCUGUCUAGUGCACUGCGCGCAGCCGGCCGAACUUUUUCGUUCGGCGCCCGGUUCUCGAAGACACCUGCAGUGCCGCACCAUCGCCCGUCAUCUCCAGAUACAACUCGGAGCAGAGCAACCACAAACAGCACCACAAGCACGGCAACGCCGCCAAAGCUUCUAGAUACGGAAUUACAGAUCGGUCGAGUGGAUGAUGGUUUUGAGAACAUGUUUGACGGCAUUGGUGCUCAGGAAAUGGCUCAGAACUCGAAUGCUUCUGCCAGCAAACCGGGGUUUAGUACGAAAAGGGAUGAGAAACCCGCCCCGAUAAACACAGACCGCUCCCAAGAAGUUGACCCGUCCCCGUACUCGUGGGGUAGCCGCCACUCAGGCGAAGGUCUUCUAGCAGCUGCGGAUUCGCCACAAGACCAUCCUAGUACCGCAGAAUUGAGCAUGGUACCUCCUCCACUAGGACCGCGCCGCAAAUCGUCGCCGAUGUUUGACGCCGUACCGGCCAGUACUACCUCACAUCGCUCUCUGGAGAAACCGAGAACGGCAACCGAAAAGGGUUUGCGGAGGAGCAUCAUAUCUCCAUCUAAACGGGACACGGUUGCCAUUGACGAUGAAGAUGCGAAGCUAGUUAUGGCGUCUCUCAAUUAUAGUAAAAGAAUGUCGCAAGCUCAUACUUUGGAUGAUUCGGCAGAUAUGGGAGCGGAAGACGAUAUUGCUCUGUUUGGCUCCGACAAAACAACAAAGGAUGUAUCUGCGCAGCGAGGAUACUUUCCACCUGCCGGCCCCACUGGCGACAGUGUAGAUGCUUCCAUUGCAGCCCAUGCACGGUUGGCUGCGGAGUAUGAAAAUAAGCCCGCCCCAGCGCCGUCUUCCAACAAAGUCAUGACUCCGUCCCAAUUCGAACACUAUCGGCUGCAACAAGAAUUGAAAAGAGCAAAUGAUGGUGGGUCUGACACUGAUGAUUCUGCAGAAAGCGACUUUGACGAAGAGGAUGAGGCGGAGAAAAAUCGGGAAACUGAGAGGCAGCGACGGAAACAAGAGGCUCAUCUGUCUGUUUACCGUCAGCAAAUGAUGAAGGUCACUGGACAGCAGUCCCCAUCUCCAUCUCUUCGCCCGGAAGAUCGCGGCAGCAGCAGUACGCCGAAUCUAGCGAAUCUCUCUUUGCAUCCUGGUAACCCAUCCGGGAGCGGGAAAAGCAGCGAAGGGGACGAUGAUGAGGAGAUUCCGCUCGGCAUAUUGGCAGCCCAUGGGUUCCCAAACCGAAAUCGCCCACCGAGCCGUCUUAUGUCAUCCAACUCCAUGCAAAACCUCCGCGCAUCAUACCAUCAACCACACCUAGGGUCUGCAGGCUCAGAUUUUGGCGGCGGAAAUCGAAGCAGCUUGCCCGUCUUUGCCAGAAAUCUUCCACGGGACCCCUAUUUUGGUGCAAGCUUGGUUGCUCCCGCAAACAGAGAAUCUCUGGCUUUUGGAGGAGGGGGUGGCUCGGUGUAUGGUGGCCCAUCAGCCGCUACAGGAUCAUCUCCUGCCCUACCACCGGGGGGAUUGGUUGGCGUUAUCGCUACUGAAGAACGGGCCAGAGCUAUGAGGCGAGGAAGUCCGAACACUCAAGCGAUGUAUGACCACUCACAAGGAAUUCCGGGUCCAACAGGAAACAUGGGAGGUGUUCCUAGGCCUCAUACGAUGCUCGGCAUGAACUCGACCCACGGGCCUAGUUUCCAACCAUCAGUCUCCGCGACGGAACAAGCUCAGAUACAGCUAUCUCAGCAGAUGAGCAGCAUGAUGCAGAUGCAGAUGCAGUGGAUGCAGCAAAUGAUUCAGCUCCAGGGUGGGCAGGUCCCCCCCCAACAACUCGCAUCGCCUGGAAAUCUGCCAAUGCCGUCUUUCCCGGGCAACACGAAUUCAAGGCCGUCAUCAAUGCCCUCCGUCGGUGGAGCGUUUAAUAAUGUGUCUCCAAGCUACGGGGGAGGGAACCAAAGGACACUAAGUAUGCUCGACCCCAAUGUCUCGUCCAGGUUGAAUAGCCCGGCUGGGUUAUAUGCACAUGGCGGAAAUCGACCAGAAACUCCAGGUGGGCCUGGCUAUGCUCCUUCACUCGCCCCAUCGGAGCGCAGCAAUGUUGGGCUAGCGCCGCGCUACAGGCCUGUGUCUACGCUGCCAGUCGAGGCUGAAUCAGGCAGCUUCCUCCCCCAGUCAAAGCCACGGAAUGACGAGAACCGUAGAGCCACUUAUCUGGGUCCCUCUACGAAUACGAACCCGUCGAACACGACAAUACGCCCUCUAUCCUCCUACGGCAAGACUCUUACCGUUCCAUCCAGACUUAGCAGCCAUAGCCCGGCUCAACCUGAUGAGGAUGACGAUGAUGAGGGGUGGGCAGAAAUGAUGAAGAAACGAGAAAAGAAACGAACCAACUGGAAAGUCAAGAAAGAGUCAUCAAACUUUGGUGAGGAUCUAUUGAAUGCGGUACAUUAA